UAAGUGGAGCUGCCCCCGAAAGCAAAACACUAAGCAAUAAGUUUGACUUUGAGAAACUCAGUGGAGCAUGAGUUUCCUUUUGUGCUUUCCUUUUGCAGUAAUUAUCAUAAGCUGAUAAAGCCAGUGCGUGUUCCGCGUGUUAAAUAACUGCUGUCGAGGUGGGCCAUUUCCAGGGAGCAGGAUUUGAAAUCCUUCUCUCAGCAUUCUUGAUGGAGUCCUAUAAAGUCACUGGCCUUCCAAAUACUGGACCACAGUCGAGCUACACUCACCCUGCACGUGCAAGAGGCCAAAAUAACGGCAGCUAUGGCCUCAGUAUCAGGGUCCAAGGCAUAGACGGACACCCAUAUGUUGUUCUGAAUAAUCAAGACAGAGGGCUCAACCCUUACGCAGCCCCCAGCAACAAUAAUGGGUACAACGGCUCUGAAGGGUCCUUUAUUGAUAACUAUCAGGAAUAUGACUUCAGAGUACCCAGGGAAAAUCUCUCUGAAAACCCCUUUGCUGAAUACCGAGCCCAGCAUCAGAUUCCAUAUGUCAACCCUUACGAUGAUAUCUCUGAAUCCAAAGACACUCAGGCAAAGAAGCCGUCCACUCUGCUGAACUUUCAGAAGCAUCCAGAGAUCCUCAAGCCUUAUGACCCAGAGGGCAAUGCCCUUGGUAACUUCCACAGCAUUUCACCUCAGCCUCUUUCUGCUGCUGAGAGUAGAAAUACAUAUCCAGGGUCUCUGCCAAGAACAAUCUCCCCAGGUUCCAAAUCAUCCAAUCUAGAACAACCCAAAAGCACAGAUCCACCAGCACAGGACACAAGAAAAUGGUCUCAGCCACAGGCUCUUCCUCAAACAUUCCCAUCUAGAGUCCAGCCUCAAAAAGAAUCUUCUAAAAGCCAACCCCAGACUCAACCUCAGUCUCAAACUAAACCUCAAGUCCAAGCACAAUCCUCAAUUAAACCUCAAUCUCAGUCUCAAGCUCAGCCACUCUCUACCUUCCAGGUUCCCUCCCAGGCAUCCCAGCAUGCCCAACGGCUUCCAGUUCCUCAGGUAUCUUCUACCACCAGUGUUCCCAGUGAGCAGUCCUCCUACAGGACUCCAAGUACAACAAGCAGCACAAACUCCAGUCUGGAACGGAGGCACAGAGAGCCUGACAUACUUCCCUUACGAAGAACCGACUCCAGUGGCCCUGUGCUUCAGUCAUCACGCUCUCGUAAUUCUUCCAUAUCCUCUACCACUCCUACCAAGGAAGAACAGUUUGAGGCACUAUAUGGGGACAGCAUUAAUCGCCAUGAGAACCGACGCUAUAUCCCUUUCUUGCCUGGAACAGGCCGAGACAUUGACACAGGCUCCAUCCCAGGUGUAGAUGAGCUUAUCAGUAAGUUUGAUGGAAAAGAAGGCCAGCAGAGGCGAGGACGCACUGGUCGGAGGAAUCGUAUCAACCCAGAAGAUCGCAAACGUUCCCGUAGCGUGGAUAGCGCCUUGCCUUUUGGCCUGGAGGGAGACACAGAGUACCUGGAUGAGGUUAGCCGUAACCGAGGAAAGUCCUCUGAGCAUGUGCUCAGGCCCUCACAACUUCUGCAGAAGUCGCCCUUUUCCUCUGUUGGACGGAGGACAACCUACAGAGAUGUGGCACGGAUCAGCAGUGAACCAGCCUCUCCACAAGGAGCAAUGCCCAGUGCUACAGAUUCCAUCCUAGGCUAUAAGAAACCACUGAGUCGGCCCUCCAUUCUGCCUGUGGAGAACAAGGGAACAGAGGCCAAGGAACUAACACAAAGUGCUAAGACUGUGACCAGUGUGGCUACAACGUCUUUGUCUAGAACUGCUCCAAACUGCAGUCAGAAGACAAAUGAAAUGGUAGCUGAGACAACACCUGAUCUUCUGAAAGGCCAACAAGAGCUGUCACAGCAAACGCAUGAAGAGACUGCUAAGCAGAUCUUAUUUAAUUACCUCAAAGACGGGAGCAACGACAGUGACGACACCACCAAGAGGAAGGUCAACCUGGUCUUCGAAAAAAUCCAGACACUGAAGUCACGGGCCACAGGAAGCGUGCAAGGGGACAAAUCUCCAGACCUAUCAGCCCAGGCCAAAGCCCUGCAGGAGCGGAAGGCAGAACUGGAAAAAGAGGUCACAAGUCUCAGAAAGCAACUGGAGGAUGAAAACAAGAAACAAAAGGGGUUGAGUGAAGCACAGGAAAAGGCUGGAGCUGGCAUCAAGAAACUGCAAAAAGAGCUGGAAUUUAAUCAAGCUGAAUGUGACAAACUGCGGGACAAGCUGGCCAAAACGGAGGCUGACCUACGCACCACGCUGGAAGAGCUUUUCCAGGUGAAGAUGGAGAGAGAACAGUAUCAGACAGAGAUCAGGGACCUGCAGGACCAGCUCUCGGAGAUGCAUGACGAGCUGGAUGGAGCCAAACGCUUGCAAUCAGACAGUGCAGAGAGAGAGUCCAUGAUGGAGGAAUUCAUGCAGUUGAAGUUGGAUCUACAGGAAGCGGUGAUGGUGAAAGAGGAGCAGGAGGAGGUGCUGAGGAAGCGCGAGAGGGAGCUGACCGCUCUGAAGGGAGCGCUAAAGGAGGAGGUGUCCUCUCACGACCUGGAGGUGGAUAAACUAAAGGAACAAUAUGAAAAGGAGCUCCGUAAACUACAAGCGUCUUUGGAGGAAGCUAAGCAGAGUAACACAGCAGUAUCUAAAGAGAAGUCAGAGGUGGAGGCGGCGAAGGGGGCGGCAGAGAGCCAGGCAGGGCGGCUCUCUCAGGAGGUCGAGCGGCUGAAGAGGAGAGUGCAAGAGCUGGAGAACGAGGUGGCCAAACUCAACCGCAUCAUCGAUGAGGCCAAGCUGCAGGAGAGCAGGCUAGAGGAGAAAGCCAGACGUCUGGAGAAAGAGAAGAGGCAAGUUGAGGAGUCUUUCAGUGAGGUGAAGGAAGAAGAAGAAGAAAUGCGCCGCGCAAAUCGAGCGCUAACGACACGCUUGGAAGACGUGCAGAGAAACUUGACUAAACUGACCCAGGAGCACAGGGAUCUGGAGGAAUGUCUGAAGGAGGAAAAGAGUCAGAAGGAGCAGUUUAAAACCACAAAGAACGAGAUUGAGGAGGAGAGGAGACUGCUAGACAGGACUGUGGAAAAGCUGCAGAGGGAGAUGUGUGAGAUCGUGGAGGCAUCUCAGAGCUCCACGCAGGAGCUGCAGGAGCAGAUCGACACCUACAAGGAGAAGAACAGGAGAGAGCUGGCUGAGCUCCAGAGGCAGCUGCGAGACGGAGGUCUGGAGCUGGAGAAAUCUCGCAUCGCUGCCAAGUCUCUGCAGGAGGAGGUGGGCCAGUUGCAAGAAGACCUGCGGCUUUGUAAGAGAGAGAGAGACGAGGCAGAAGAGCGAGCAAAAGCUUUGCAGCAGAAGGUCUAUGAGCUGGAGCUGGAGGCAGACACCAAAGUGCAGAGUAACGACAAAGCCAGACAAAUCAAACUGUUAGAGGAGCAGAUAUCUCAUCUGGAGAUGGAACUGGAUGAGGAAAGACAGAAUGGGGACCUGCUGAUGGACAGAAUAGAUCGAAGCAGAGAACAGAUGGAGCAGUUAAGGAGUGAGCUGCUGCAGGAGAGAGCCAGCAAACAAGACUUGGAGUGUGAUAAGAUUGCCUUGGACAGACAGAAUAAGGACCUGAAGAGCAGAAUAUCUCAUCUGGAGAACUCGCAGAAGUCUACUAAAGAGGGGCUAGUGGCCCAGCUAGAGAGCCGUAUCCAGGAGCUUGAGGAGAGACUGGAAACAGAAGAAAGGGACCGUGCAAACCUGCAGCUGGUGAACCGUAGGUUGGAGCGUAAAGUGAAGGAGAUGGUGAUGCAGAUGGAUGAAGAGCAGCAUUCGCUACAGGAUCAGAAGGACCAGCUGAACCUGCGUCUGAAGGCUCUGAAGAGGCAGAUGGACGAGGCAGAGGAGGAGAUCGACCGACUGGAGCACAGCAAGAAGAAACUACAGAGGGAACUGGAGGAGCAGCAGGAGGCCAACGAGCAGCUCCAGAAUCAGCUCAAAGCAUUACGCAGUGAGAUGAGACGAAAGAGCAGCUCGGCUCCCCUCAUUAACAACCUGGAUGAGGAUGAAGAUGACGAUGAUGACAUCAGCACUGACGGAGAGACCUACUUCAGCUCGUCGUCAGGGUAUAAACGCUCCAGCAGUCAGGACGCUAUCAUCAACACGUUCUCUCUCUGAGUGAGGACUGAGAAAGUUUAUUCUACAGUACCUGUGUUUAAUGUAAUGUAAGUGCAUUUAUAAAGUAUCAAACUACAUCCUUUUGAAGCUGUGCCUAUUAAAUCAGCACUGUUAAAGUCAAAUGUUGGAUGAUGAUGAUGAUGAUGAUGAUCACAAGGAAGAUUUAAAGUGUGAAAUUCUGUAAUUUAUUAAUCACCAGGAAUAUGAAGUAAUGAAAUAUUGAAGGGCAGUAAAUACCACUGAACUUUGAAAUCUACUUGGGGGUUAUAUUACUCAUUUUUUUAUAUAAAAGUGUAUCAUACAGACAGUUCCUUGUUCUUAUACAACCGUCUUUUUUUUUGUUUGUUUUUAAUAAAGCAGUUUUAAUGUUACUUCUCUCUCCAAAUGGAAACUGUCUAAUGCUGCUCUGCCUCUUGUUUUUAUAUGUUAUUUUAUUUUUAUUAUUAAUCUUUUUUUUUUUUUUGCUUUUGCAGUUUCUUAUUAAUGACCUGUUAACCUCUUCAGAGUUCUGAGCUCCACUGCACACUCAUGCAACAUGUAAAAUAAUAAAAGCCCAUGAUGUGAACUGAGGUUUCUACAUAGUGUGUUAUGAAGUGGAAAGCAGGUUUGUUCCUGAGGCUAAAAAACAGUGUUAUGACUGUAUUAUAAACAACUCGACUCAUAUCUCACACAGUGUUUUUCAUAUUUGACAUCUUUUGCCUUUAUCUGUUUCUAUGGGAGCUUAAAAUCUGCAUUUGUGUUAAAGUAGUGGAUAUGUUUAGUGUUUUAGUUGUUUGAAUCAUUUGUCAAUUCAGCUCAAACAGCCAAUACAACAGUCCCAGUUAAGUUAGCUGGUGUGUGUGUGUGUGUGUGUGUGUGUGAUAAUAUGAAACUGUGGAGCGGUUGUACAUUAUGAAGCACAAUAUCCACCUCUUAUUCAUGAGCAAGAACAGAGAGAAAGAGAAACAGACAGAAAGCCUCAGAUUGAUGGCUCAGGUGUGCAGGUGGGAAUAAUGCUGUUAUGUUUGGAACAGUGAAGGAAUGUCAGAGUUUCAGAAUAGUUGUAAUCUUCAUGAGAGAUCUGUGUGAUUUAUUGAUUUAAUCUAGAGGUUCACUAGUUCAUUCAGCUUAUUAGGUCUUCGUGGGGUGAGAAGAGAGUUAGAAUAGAGAAGACACAACCCUCAGUAUUGCUGCGGCCCUGCAGGACUGAAGUCCGACACUCCCGGUUUAAACAAUGAAGGACUGGAAUGAACUUGAGCAACUUUUAUCAGUGAGCACGGUAAACUCUUCUGUUUGAUCUGGCUUGACUGUGGUCCACUAUACAGAUCCACUGCUAAAGCACUAAUGUGAUUUAUUAUGGGAGUCGUCCUCUGUCAGUUUUAUUACAUAUUUCUGUGUUGACAAUCAGCUUUAUUUUGCAAUACACUGAUUAUUUGCACUGUACAUUGUAUCUAGCCUUUUAUUUUUACUUCUGAGGCCUAAAGGAACAUUCCAUGUAAAAUUCCUAAUUUGUGAUUCCUCUGUGUGAAGGAAUUUGCCCAGGACUCUACACAUUUCACUCUGUAGUUGAGUAACUCACAUCUUGCCUUUUUACUCAGUAAGGUAUUGCUUUGCAUAAAGCCAGCUAGGUAUGGGGCCAAUAUUUCAUUCUUGCUCAGCUAUUAGAGUGUGUGGUGAAUACUGGCCACAUUCCUCCAUAUUAAGAAUUCAAGGAAUCACAUCUUAUAUAAUAGAUUUUGUUUGAAUUGUACCAUGUGUUUAAUGGAACAAAAUGCCGUUGGUCUUAAUGGGGAGGGAAACGGAACGAAUCCUGCCACUACCUCUAUGUAUGCAUUUAUAUUUUGUAGACUAAAAACAGGACAAAUGAAAUAAAACUACAAAUAGUUAAUCACA